AUGGCCACGUUGUCCAUGGAUAUGGAUACGUCCUCCUCCGACAGCAGCACGGACCAUGGGUCCCAGCCUGGCCUGCAGCAGCAGCAGGGAAGAACGCUAUUAAUUAAUGGCUCGGCGGCCGUGCUGAGGACGCGGCUGGCGAGCGGCGGCGGCGGCCGAGCCGCGGCCGCGAAAACUUUCUUUCGCCCCCCGUUCUCCCCCGCGGGGGGACUCGGGGCUAUUUUCAAUUUGGGCUGCGAGCGGAGGACGCGAGUCACUCGCGGUUCCGCGCACUUCGCGGGCGGCCGCGUCUGCCAGGACCCGGGAGCGGCCCCACGCGCCCCGCCUCGCGGCCCCGGCCCCGCCUCGCGCCCCAGGCCGGCCCUGGCCCUUCCCGAGGACGAGCUUUCCGAGGCCGAGAGUUCCUGCAGCGAGCCCGACGCGCCAGGCACGCCCGAGGCCCCCGGGGAGCCGGGUGAGGGCGGCGCGGAGGCCGCGGGGGGCCCUGGGGCGCGCCCCUCGACCGUGGCGGCCUUUUCGUGGCGGCGGAGGCCGGUGGCCCCCGCGGCCAAGCGGCACCAGUGCGCGUUCGCGGGCUGCGGCAAGGCCUACUACAAGUCCUCGCACCUCAAGUCGCACCAGCGCACCCACACGGGGGAGCGCCCCUUCUCCUGCGACUGGCUCGACUGCGACAGGAAGUUCACGCGCUCCGACGAGCUGGCGCGCCACUACCGCACGCACACCGGCGAGAAGCGUUUCUCCUGCCCGCUGUGCCCCAAGCAGUUCUCCCGCAGCGACCACCUCACCAAGCACGCCCGGCGCCACCCGACCUACCGCCCCGACAUGGUGGAGUACCGCGGGCGCCGCCGUGCUCCGCGCCCCGAGCCAUCCCCUGCCGCUGCCGCCGCUGCCCCCGCGGCCGAUGGCUCCGGCUCCGGCUCCGACUCCGGCUCCGGCCAGGAAACCAGCUUCACCGCUUGCCUGUAG